UGCGGCGGCGGGAAUAAUUUCAAAUUUGAGUUACGCGGACAGGUCUACCAACAUGGUGUAAAAAAACACAUAUCGCCAAUCGCCAUUGUUCUUUUGGUUUCCGAUUGUACAGGCAUCGCUAGAAUAUGACUUGUAAGAGGCGCAACGGAGGACGUGCCAAGCACGGACGCGGACACGUUAAGCCAGUGCGAUGCACCAAUUGUGCACGUUGUGUCCCAAAAGAUAAGGCAAUUAAGAAGUUUGUCAUUCGUAAUAUCGUCGAAGCAGCUGCUGUGAGAGAUAUUACGGAGGCAUCAGUGUAUUCUCAGUAUGUACUCCCAAAACUUUACGCCAAGUUACAUUACUGUGUGUCCUGCGCUAUCCACAGUAAAGUCGUACGUAACCGAAGCAAGAAGGAGAGGAGAAUCCGUACACCACCCCAACGCAACUUCCCCGGACGAGACAACGCCCGAGUUGCUCAGCCUGUUAGAAAGUAGAAUUUCUAAUAAACAAUUUAUCUAGUAA